AUGCAAGACCUAGACGCCCUCAUCCUCCCGCAAGCACCACCUCUCGACCCAGCCUGGCUAGCCUGGGAAGCAGAAGCAAACCUACGCGCCCCCAAGCCAGCCCUCAGUCCCAUAGAGCGACAACCCCUCUACGCAGCCCAAUGCCGCGCCCUCCACGCGAAGAUGAUGGCGCCAGGGGCGCCGUACCACGACCUCUCCGUCGGGAUCCGGACCAGCGAGCUGAGUGUGCCGUCCAGCGAGGACGGCUACAGUAUUCCGGUCCUGCGGUACGAGCUAGAAGAGCCCGAGAGGGGGAACGCUUCGAACCCGGCUGGUAGGACGGUGAAGAUAGAGGACGAGGACGAGGCCGAGGAAUCUGCCGCAAGGCAGGCGGAUCCUGAAGUAGGGGCCAGGACGGAGACAGCGAUUGACGACGACGUAGUAAUGAUAUACUACCACGGCGGCGGACUCACCGUCGGCGAGGCCGACAGCGAAGACCUGAGCUGCCGUCAGCUCAUAAAGUACUGGUACAACACCACCCAAGACCCCCCCUCCCCACCCCAUCGGAUCGUCCUCUACUCCAUCGGCUACCGCCUCAAGCCCCAACACCCCGCCCGCGUCUGCGUCGCCGACGCCCUAUCCGCCUACACGCACACCCGCAGUCUCCACAGCAGCACCUCAUCCAGAACAACCACAAAAACCAUCAUCGUAGGAAGUUCCAGCGGCGGCCUUCUCGCAACCCUAGUCUCGCAAGCGGCCCCGCGCGGCACCGUCCACGGGAUCCUGCUUCGGUGUCCCGUCACGAGCGACGCGUGGCCUGCGGCAGGCGACCUGACGAGCGUGCCCGCGCGGCUGCGGUAUAUGCAUACGAGUGCCAGCGCCUCGUUCGAGACCGUACUUCUGAGCCUGCCCUCACCAUCAUCAUCAUCAUCACCUUCACCAGCACCCUCACCACGAUCGCCGUCAAUAUCGCCACCGGGAAACAACCCCACCAGAGCCCCCCGCGACGCCCUCCCCAGCACACCCCUCGAGCUCCCAGAGCCCAAGUGGACGGGCCUCCCCCGCGCCUGGAUCCAGGUCUGCACCAACGACGUGCUGUACUCGGAAGGGCUGUGCUACGCUUCGGCCCUGCAGCAGCACAACGCGGGCGUGGAAGUACAACUCGAUGUCGUGCGCGGCUGGCCGCACACGUUCUGGCUGAAGUAUCCGCACCUGGCGAGGGCGAGGGAGGCGGAUGAGGCGAUGGUUAGGGGUCUGCGGUGGUUGCUUGCUUGA